UCCUACUGAGGCUUUCCACCUAAAACUGGAGAUCCUGAGGAGACUUCAGCUGGACUUCUGGCUACCUGUGAGCCAUGCUCUGUGUGUUCUUUUUUGGCUCCAGGCCAACAGAAACUAAUAUGCAAAUUCCAGCUUUGACUCGGAGCGAGAAUGAAAACGUUUUUCUGCCGUCGGGCUUCUUGGCUCCGUCUUGAGUCGCUGUUUGUCUAAAAGAAUCUGCUGCUCCAGCGCCAGGAGUUCAGCUCUGGUUUACUCAUUUACUGCUGCGCUCUAUUAUGGGAUGUCUCCGCAGGAACGCCCAGUGAUUUGUGGAGCUUGUAUCUGCUGAAGGGGAGGAGUGAGAAAGUGAAACUGGAGUUUAAAGCUGUCAGACUCCGUAAAGCUGCAACCAGAAGGAGGCGAAGGAGUUCUGGAGCUUCUUCUGAUCUUCUGUCCACAUGUUGGAUUUGUGACUCCCCCUGCUCCUCUGCUCGGCUCCGGAUCCUGCAGGGUCGUCGCUGGAGCUGCUGGUCUGAGGUCCGUUGGGAUAGUGCAGCGGGACAAUGCGACGCAGAUGAUGCCAUGCCGAGAGACUGUCCUCCUGGGCUUCGUCUGUCUGCUCGCCGUGACGCAGCAGGAGGUGGACAAACGCUGCACCAAAGGCGUCCUCUGGCAGGUGGAGGCCCUGCAGAGGAAAGCUGACACGAAGAUCAGCUGCCGACUUUACACUCCGACCAGCCAAGACUUCGAGCAGAUUUGUCCCGGUGCUGCUCUCAGGUGUUUUGCAGAAGAACUCCAGGUCCUCGCUGAGGAGUGGGAACUGAACCCAAACCUGAUCCAGAACCGCAAAGCCCGAUCCAAGUUCAACCUCCGGAUCCAGAGACUGGCCUCGUAUUUCGACCAGACAGAGUCCGGCUGUCGUCAGUGUGAACUUCUCAAAGAGGAAGACGCCAAAACCUUUCUCCAAAGUCUCAACAACACUCUGCAGAUCAUGAGGUCUCAGUUCUGUCCGUGACCCGUCGCUGCCCCCACUAAGGGCCUCAAAAAGACUCUCAUUCAGCCUCAAUAAACUUUUCGCCAGAUAAAGAGCAACGUGCAGGAGCGUCUCGGCGGGUUUCAGGACACAAACUGGCCGACAGAGCAUUUGGACUUUGUUGGACGGUUGCAGUCAGUGCAGUUUGUUGCGUCAUUAUUAGGUCUGGAGGUUUAGAGACGAACUUAUGAACGAUUGUUACACAAGUUCUGCUGCUGUUUUAUUUAAUGAGAAACCAUGAAAGGGCCCAUUCUGCACUUUAUACGUCUUAUGUUUGUCAAUAUGUUCCUGAAACGCCUCAUUAUCAUUAUUAUUAUUAUUAUUAUUAUUAUUCCAUUUAUUUGACUGCAGAUCCAGAAAAAGGACAAAAUGAAUAUGUUGACAGCUUUAAACCAAAACAGAGGAGCAACAGCAGAUGGAUUUGUCGGCAGAUUGGCUUUCUAAUUCUUGCAAAAAAUAAAGAUCUGCUGUCACAAAAGU